AAUCACAUAGGCGACCGACGACGACGUUGUUGAUCGACCGCAAACGGGUUCCAGCACCACACUUCGCAUUUCGUACGUGUGUGUCGCGCGAGUCGAGAAUUGAACGCUGGCUGAUUCAGUUUCCUCGCGUCUCUCCAAGGGAUGAAACAACGAACUAGUGCGAUGGAGGAUUCACCGGGAGAGGCUCAGUCUUGAUCCUGUAGUUGAACGACAUAGAUCGCAGAAAACUUGAAGAUUAAGUACUUUUUAAUUACACGGUGAAGUUUUUCUAUGUUGUGAAAUAGGCAGUGCGCGAUUCGAAUGGUUAAGAGAGUUGAAUAAAGUUGAGGCGUAGAUAAGCAAAUCAUAAAACGAAGCUACACAAGUCAUUCGGAACAAGUGAGCUUUUGCUACUACCACGGUUUGUUCGAGGAGUGAAAUGAUUUGAAAUUUGUGUUUGAUGCUGCUAAACGCGUGAUAAGAAAAACGGCUCAUACACAAACUAGGAGCAAUCCAAUUUUUGAUAAUUACUCUGUAUUUUGGGUAAAUUUGUUCACUCAUAUGUUGAAAAGUGCUGCUGCUGCUGCUACAGUGGAAGUGAAAUAUUGAUUCUCUUUAUUGCGUAUUUGAUAACACACCAGUCGGCAUUGAGUGUUAGUAGUCCUCUGUUAUCACCACGAACAUCACAUUAAUCGACGCUAAGGCCUUCGGAAAUCAUCAUCAUGUCAACCCUACUCAAUCUAGACAGUUAUCGGCAUGAGUUGUUCGAGCAACAGCAACACCAGCAACAUCUUUCGUCUUCGCCGACUUAUUCGGUGCUAUCGAUGGAGUCUUCGACGUCGUCGACGGCAGCCAGUGAGAGCAAGUACUACUCGAGCAAUUCUCCGUCCAGCACCAGUAAUAUGUCCCCGCGGUCAACGGCUAGCGAUACAAGUUCUUACAACAUGCAAAAUUUAAACAUUUCCGCCACUUACCACUGCUUUGGCCCUCAAGUGGUAGGAGACGAUGGUCAACUGCAGACCUUCAAUUAUACAGCUCAGGGAAAUGCAUCCGAACAGACAUGCAUCGAACUGUCUGUUCCACAUCUGGUGAUACUGGAACAACCGGUGGAUAAAUUUCGCUUUCGUUAUCAAUCUGAAAUGCAUGGCACACAUGGUUCCUUGAUGGGUGUCCACACGGAAAAGAGCAAGAAGACUUUCCCCACGGUAGAACUACGUGGCUAUCAGGGAGAGGCCAAGAUACGUUGCUCCCUGUUCCAGGUGGAUCCAUCGAAACGAGCGGCACACUCGCACCAUUUGGUGAUCAAAAGCGGCGAAGUUGAUCUGAAUGAUCCACACGACAUCGAUGUUAAUGCGGAAACAGGAUAUGUAGCCAUGUUUCAAGGAAUGGGAAUCAUCCACACGGCGAAGAAGAAUAUCGUUGAAGAACUGUGCAAAAAAAUUAAAGGUCAGAAAAUUGUUGAACUGAACCGAGAACUUUCACUUCGAGAGGAACACCAAAUGCAGAAGGAAGCUGCGGAAAUGGCGAAAACUAUGAAUCUGAACCAAGUGUGCCUCUGUUUCCAAGCUUAUCAGGUGGAUCAAGUUACCGGUCAAUGGACGGCGCUCUGUGAACCUGUCUAUUCAAAUGCAAUUAAUAAUAUGAAGAGCGCUCUUACGGGAGAAUUGAAAAUUUGCAGGCUAAGUUCCAUCACCGGCAAUGUAGAUGGGGGAGAAGAGAUCUUCAUGUUUGUGGAAAAAGUUUGCAAAAAUAACAUAAAAAUCCGAUUCUAUGAAUUGGAUGAUAAUGAUCAGGAGGUGUGGCAAGAGUGGGGUGUAUUCUCGGAAGCCGAUGUACAUCAUCAGUACGCGAUAGCUUUCAAAACACCGGCGUAUCGCAACAAAGAUAUAACUGAGCCGGUGGAAGUGCACAUGCAAUUAUUCCGACCACGUGACAAGUGCCAGAGCGAACCGGUGCCUUUCAAAUACAAUCCCCGACAGGGGGCGUUCGCUUUUCCCAGUACUUCCCGCAAGCGACAGAGAGUGCAUUCCGGCAACAUUUCGAGCGAGAUACCGACGGUCGUUCCGAACGAGGUUGCCCCCGGUCCAAGUCGGUUACCGCCGCUUCAUCAACCAUUCCCGAUGAUGACUGUCCAUGGACACAUUCCCGAGUCGAGCACAAUCAGCAAAGAGUUUAACAAAUCGGGAAUUAUUCAAGAGAUUCUCGAAAGCCACAUCCCAACCACAAUCGCUAACGAUAUCUCGUUCAACUCGAGCGACUUCAAAGAUUUUGUGCAUUGUAAUUCAGAAGAAUUACAUAAGCUUAUUAGCGAGAUCGGCGAGGCACAAGAGCUUUCCAAGCUGGAAACUGACUCCGUUUCGAGCGCUCAUCUGGAUGGGGGGGCAGCUCAGUUUGAGCGUGCUCUCGAGAGAUAUUUGGACACCAAUCAGCAUGCGAAGGAUGUGGAAAUCCUGAAAAAAAUAUUGGCUAUUAUCCGAAUGUUUCGGAGAGAUUAUGACAAAUGCCGAGAACUCAUUUCGGCACUAUGGAUGUCAUCGAACAAGCACAAAGUAAACUGUCUCCACAAGGCUAUCGAACGCCGGGAUGUAAUGAUCGCGUGCAAACUGGUCGCGCUCCUGGUGGAUUACCAUCUGCGAGAGCUGCUUGAUCUUAGCAAUGAGCGCAAUGAAACCGCACUUCAUCUGGCCGUGACAGCCAAUCUGGUGGAAGUGGUUGACACCCUGGUGUUAUCCGGAGCUAGGAUCAGUUGCUGUGACUACAGGGGGAAUUCCGCGCUGCACCGAGCAGUCGUAGAGAAUGCGUUCGAGAGUUUGGGCGCGUUGUUAGAUCACUGCAAACGGAGUGGCCUUCGGGUGGAUUCAACGAACGAUGAAGGCUACACAGUUUGGCAUGUUGCGGUAAUGUGUAAGAAUUUGAAAAUUACUAGACUCCUAAUGGAACGGGGAGUUUCCUACACUGGACGGGAUGUGAAACAUGGGAAUAAUAUUCUCCAUAUUGCAGUCGAAAGUGACUCUUUGGACAUGGUAAACUACAUUCUAGAGAAUGUGGAUAAAACAUUGGGCGAAGCACCAAACAACGCUGGCUACACAUCGUUGCAACUAGCCAACGCCAGACUUUUGGCGAACUCCAACAACAAGCUGAUUGUUCGCGAACUUCUACGAUUUAAUCCUGGAGGGUUGCUAGAAAAGGAACAUUUGACUGAGGAAGAGGAUGACGACGAUACGGAGCAGAGUGAGAAUGAGUUCUCGACCAGCAGUUCUUCAUCGGAGAGUAUUCUGCUGUCAAUUGGUCCCGUUUCGAAUCACGGAGAAGUUAUCCGAAUACUUGAAGAUAAUGACACAUCAUCGUCCGAACAGGUCAAAGAGCUAACUGUUAUGAAAAAUGUUCCUUACUGCGGUACGCUGGAGUGUAGUGAAAGUUAUCUUUUCGAUGAAGAAUGUCUCUCUCGUCUGUGUGAUCUGUUGAACCAGGAUCAGAUAUGGCGUGAUGUGGGAUCGGUGCUAGAUUUUCAUGCUUAUUUCACCAUGUGGGAGCAAUCCCAAAACCCAUCGGCGAUGCUUUUGAAUUAUUUCGAGAUGCAAGAGAUGAAAUUGGAGCACUUGACAGGUAUUCUACAAGCACUUGAUCAAAAAGAAGCCAUUCAGUGCAUCGAUGAAAUGGUUUGCCGGCAAAUGAAGUGAUCAUUGGACAUCAGCAUUAAUCUUUUUCUAUAAUGAAAUAUCUUAGUUAGGUUGAGAACCUUCCAAUCAAUGCUAGUGAUUUAUCCGAUAAGUCUUUUUAUACAUAUUUUUAGGUGACAUACUCUCAGUACGUACUUUUAUUGAAUGCACACUUGUUAAGAAUUUGAACAAAAAU